AUGGUGCCCCCUGGGAAGAAGCCCACUGGAGAGGCCUCCAACUCCAACAAGAAGUACAAGCAAAACUUCAGUGAGCGGUGGAAGGAGGAGUUUCCCUGACUGGACUCUGCCUGUGAGCGGAAGCUGACGCUCCUCCCUCUAGAGUGUCGCCAGGCCCUGGUGUGCAACAAGCAUGCCAAAGCUGGGAAUGCCGUCACGGUGGGCACUGACUUCCAGCACCGUGCCCUGCUGCAUCACGUCACCUCAGGAGCUCACCACCAGACGCUGGCAGACAGUCAGGGUCAGCCUACUCUGGAAGGCCCUACUGAAGGCAGAGGGACCUAUCCCAGCCUGACAACCACUCCCGCCACUGGGGCCAUCAAGAUGGAGGCCGACCUGGCCAAAGAGGAUGUGCGUGUUGACCCAUGUUCUGCCCUGCUCGAGCUGCAGAGGCUCAACCUGUGUCAGGCAGAGCAUGGUGAACACUACAGCCCCAGGAGGGUGAGGGAUAUGCAGGUGGCUGCUGCCAGUGUCUUGCACACAGAGGCUUAUCAGCAUCUGAAGGCAUCCUCAUAGAGGCUGGUGUUAGAAGAGACCAGGGGCUGGGCCGAGUCCCAUGCUUUGUCCCUGUUUGCCACUUUGGUGUCCCCAUGUGAUGGCCAUCCUGCUACCACUUUCUUGGGCAGUGUAGAGGUCCAGGAGGGUGAGGUUAUCACUUGCCAACUCCUGGACAACCUACAGGUUUUUGGCAUAUCUGCACCCAAACUGGCCUGGACACCCAGUGACCUACUGGGGAGUGUCAGCCUACAGCUCAGGGUCACUUGCCCACUGCCCAUGGAUCUUCACUGUCUCCCUGGCCCAACCAACCCUAAACCCCUUGUCUAUUUGAGUGAGUAUGAGAGCGUAUUGGAAGCCUCGUUCUGUCCGCAUGGUGACCCUAGUUCCCACGUGGUCCAUGAGCUCCACGCAGCCUUGGACCUUGCAGCUACUGACUUGGCGGGUCCUCGGCCAGUACAUUGGUCGUCCCUGUUGACUGUUGUGGAAGUAGUGGCUGAGGCCUGGCUUUGCUUGGUGCUCACCUUGGGAGCCACUGCUGCCUCCUGGACCACUGCUGCCCUGGCUUUGGCCAUGCGCCAGUUCAUAGUUCAUCUUCGUAGCCUUCACCCGCUGCUCUAUGCUCUGCCUUCAAUGCAGAAGCUUGUCCUGGUCCUGCAGCAUGAAGACCAGGACCUGGUCUUGCUGCAGCCAGUGGUGAUAGCAGCCUUAAUUUUGCAGCAAGCACAGUGCGUCUCCGUCCCCAGGGGCCUAUCUCCAAGCUUCCUGUAGAAACUGGCAAUCUCCGAGCCUGCCCAGUGGCAGGCAGAUGGCGAAAGCUGCACCUACCAUGGUGUGGAGUUGCUGGGCAAUUGAGAGGCUUCGUCGCGAGGAUUGGAGCACCUCCAGCAAACUUUUUCUGGACUCCAUGGGCGCGCGUGGGGGCUGUUAUUCCCUGGUCGCUCGCUGGAUGCAGUGGCCGUGUUGGCAAUAAUCUUCGAGUCCCGCCUCUACCUGGAAGAAUGGGAUGCGCUCGAUGAAGGCGUUAUUGUGCUGGGCAAGUUCGUGUUCUUCAACGGCAUGGUGGCUAGUCUCGGGCAUCUCUGCCCACGGGCCCUGUGAGCCAAGCUGGCGUGUGUGCAUUCCGAGCUGUACGAAAUCUUUCCCGACUUCGCAGCCCUGCUAGCCUUGGUGCUGCCCGUGUGCACUGGGCUGCUGGAUAGGGUGGGCCGCAGGAGCCACAAGCCGCGGUGGUGGGGACAGAGCGGGCCCCAGGCAGGCCAUGGCGGCCACUUGCUGAAGAUAGCGGUGGAUGUGCCCUCGCUGUAUGAGUUUGAUUGUGCACUGGCUAUAGAGUACUUACAGAGGUGGGAGAGAGCUCUCUGGCUUCUCAUUUCUAACCCUGCCCUUCUUCCUCCUGCAGCAGGCCCAGCCUCCAGCACCCCCAGCCCCCUGCUGGCCUCCCUGACCCUGCCCACCCAGCCUCUGCAAACCCCGUUGGACUUCAAGCACUUGCUCGCCUUCCACAUCAAUGGCACCACCCCGCUCAGUCUCUUCCCCAACUUCAGCACGAUGGACCCAGUCCAGAAAGCUGUCAUCAGUCACACAUUUGGGGUCCCCUCCCCUCUGAAGAAGAAGCUGUUCAUCUCCUGUAACAUCUGUCACCUGAGGUUCAACUCAGCGAACCAGGCUGAAGCUCAUUACAAGGGUCACAGACAUGCCAGAAAACUCAAGGCUGUCGAGGCUGCCAAGAGCAAGCAGAGACCUCGAAACCUGACCCCAAAUGGGACAGUGGCAUCUUCAGCCUCACCUCCAGCCAGUGGAGGCCCCGGAAGCCCGCAGAGCAAAGAUUCUGCAUCUCCUCCUCACGGCCCUUCACUUCAGCUACCUCCGACCUCAGACACAUCAGUCAGAGAGCCGGCCCACUCAGACCCCUUGGAUGCCGCUGCUUCCUCUUCCUCUUCUUCCUCUUCCUGCCCACCCUGCUCCCCGGAUCCUGGCACGGAAGCAGCAGGGCCUGAGCCAGCAGAAGUGGCUGUGGGGAGUGGGGUGAAUGGGGAAGGCAGAAGCGAAAAGGGGUGCCUCUACUGCCCGACUUGUAAAGUGACAGUAAACUCAGCCUCACAGCUUCAGGCUCACAACACAGGAGCCAAGCACCGAUGGAUGGUGGAAGGCCACCAAGGGGCUCCCCGGAGGGGCCGGGGCCGUUCUGUGUCUCAGGGAGGGGCUGGACAUAAGACAAAGAGAGUGCUAGGAAAUCGUGGGGGCCAGCAGGGACCUAGCCCUCCCUUCCAGUGUGCUCUCUGUCAGCUCCAGGUCAAUUCAGAGACCCAACUCAAGCAGCACAUGAACAGCCGGAGACACAAAGACCGCCUGGCCGGGAAGUCCCCCAAGCCCUCCAGCCAGCACAGCAAACUGCAGAAACAGGCAGCUUUGGCUGUGAGUGCCCUCAAGUCUAAAUUGGCCUUGCAGAAGCAACUCACCAAGACACUGGCAGCCCGCUUCCUGCCCAGUCCGCUGCCCACCACAGCUGCUGCCAUCUGUGCCCUGCCGGGGCCCCUGGCCCUCCGGCCUGCCACAACAGCAGCGGCUACCCUCUUCCCAGCUCCUGUCCUGGGCCCAGCUCUGUUCCGUACCCCAGCGGGAGCUGUCCGCACUGCUGCAGGGCCCAUACUUUUCGCUCCCUAUUAGUGGUCCCAGGAUGGCCACAUCCUAUCUCUUCCUGGCAGGCACUUGUCUCCACAUCCCAGAGACUGCCUUUUGCAGUUUCUGGGUUCCCACCCAACCAGGGGUAGCUGCUUCUCACUCAGACUGGGGUUUUUUCCAGUCCCCUGGGCCUGACGACCAUCACUAUCCUCCUUUCCUGGGCUAGUCCUGGGCUUCCUGCAUCUACGGCUCCACAAAUCCCAAAGAUCUAUGCAAAAUCACAGCCCCAGCCACAUGGUGCUCUCAUACCCCAACCCCAACCAGACUUACACAGUGCAGACUCCACAUCUCAGCCUCCA